AAUAACAUCAUUAAUGAUUAAGUCACCUACUCUAGAGCAACGGUUUAUUGUUUAUUGUACUCCAUGGCGAAUUUUAACGGGGCACGUGCCACCCCCCUCGGAAUUUUUUCAAAAGUGGGCAGUUUUCAGGAGAAGAGGCUAAAAGCACAAUACCUAAAAGAGCUGAUCACAGUGAAAAACCAAGAAUUGGCCAAAAAGUUGUGUGAAUCCUUAGCCGCCUUUGCGAACAUAAUGCUCCAGGGGGCCAUACCCCAGGAAAUUGCCGACAAACUACACGGAGGAAAUUUGUUCGCUUUCAGGAAGAAGGACAGCGGGAUUCGCCCCAUUGUAGUUGGAACGAGUCUACGACGUUUGGCCUCCCGCAUCGCAUCUUUUAGGUCGGGUCAUUUGAACAACGAAUUGCGGCCCUUUCAUUUGGUCUUUGCCACCAAGGGGGGUGUGGAAGCCGCAGUCCAUGGCGCGCGCUACUUCUUGGAAACUGCAACAACAUCGGACAAACCACAGGUUUUCCUUAAGCUGGAUGCAAAGAAUGCCUUUAAUUCCCUUGACCGAAAUUAUAUCAUGAAAGCCACUGCAGAACACUUGCCAGCGUAUAACAAAUACGUGUGUCGUGUGGCAGUGACGCAGUGUUAUGGCGCACCGACCAUAUUAAUGCACGGCAAAUAUAGAGUGUCAUCGCAGGCGGGCAUUCAGCAAGGAGACCCCCUCGGCCCGCUACUGUACUGUCUUGCAACCAUUGGACCACAUAAGUACCUUAGGUCGAAGCUCAAGGAAAGCUUCCUGAACGAUGAUGCAUUGGGUGGUGAUCCGGAUGACGUGUUCGACGAUCGUUCCACUACAGGAAGCCUUAGAACAACGUGGGCUCAUGUUAAAUAUCGGAAAAUGUGA